AUGGUUGCUGGGACACGAAAGGAAGAUUGCAGGGAACCAAAACAACUUUCAAAUGUAACAAUAGAUGUAACCAAUGGUACAACAUACGGAUCUUUUGCUAGUAUUAAAUGCAGUCCAGGGUAUACGUUACAUGGUGAUAAUAUCAAAGAAUGUUUGUCGAAUGGCAGCUGGAGUGCGUUCAGUACCAACUGCACUCUGAAUGUGUGUCCUAAUGUAACAGCUCCAGCAAACGGGUCCGUUAACACUAGUAAGAAAUCUGUGGCUGUAUAUUCUUGUAUCAGAGGAUUCGAAAUAAUUGGAUCAAAUACACUGGUGUGCAAUCUUAAUGGUAGCUGGGACAGUCUACCUCCGACAUGCAAAAUUAAAGACUGUGGGCAGAUGAUAUAUGAUCCAUUAAAUGGUAAAGUGCAUUUAAAUGGAAAUGCAACUACAUACAAUGCCACAGCAACAUUUAUGUGUAAUAAUGGUUACCAACUGAAUGGUGAAUCAUUAUCAAGAUGUAACGCUUCUGGCAAGUGGAAGCGGAAUUCCUAUUGUGGGAACCUGACAGAUCCGUCGAAUGGAAAGGCUGAUAUGUCAGAUGGCACAACAUACUUGUCAGUUGGAAAGUAUAGCUGUAACACCGGUUAUACGAUAUAUGGCAACAACAGUACCACAUGUACAGAAAAUGGAAACUGGAGUGAUCAUUAUGUGAAAUGCAUAAUUAAUGGUAAUAUUGCCACAAACCAAACAGGCCAGGCAAUGGUACAGUCGACAAAACAAACGGAACAACAUAUGGCUCUGUAG